AUGAGCGAAACAACAACAUCUAACAUUACAGAAGAAGUCAAUGACAUGAAAGAACUAGGAAUGAAUGAGAGAAGUUGUGAAGGAUGUUUGAGUCAAAACACAUGGUUCUUCAGAGCUGUUAAGAAACUUAGUAAAGAACGACAGAAAUAUUUUAUAGAGAAGUAUUGCAAAGGAUGUGUAAAUGAAUUGCUUGAAAUAGAACUUAGAGACACUUUCACACUAAAGGACUUGAGAAGAAAUAAGUACAUGAGUGAAGAAGGUAUUGACAUAGCUAGUGUUAUAAAUGACUUAAGAAGAUGUGUUGUUGUUAUUGACGGAGCACGUAUGACAUAUCUAGUGAAAGAUUAUGA